CCCGGGGUGGAUGCGUCUCCUCCGGGACGGGCUCCCCAGGGAAAUUUGCAGCCAGGAGCGGCCGCACAGAGGCUGAGGCUCUGUGGGAGAGCCCCGGGGACGCGCUCGGACCCCUCUGAAGGAAGCCAUGGCCGACAGUCAGAUGCCCUUCUCCUGCCAUUACCCCGGCAGGCGCAGCAUCCGCGACCCUUUCCGGGAGCCCGGCUUGACCUCGCGCCUGCUGGACGAUGAUUUCGGCAUGUCGCCCUUCCCCGGGGACCUGACAGCGGACUGGCCCGACUGGGCUCGGCCCCGGCUCACCACCACCUGGCCGGGUCCCCUGCGCACCGGCAUGGCCCGCGCCUCCACCAUGGCCCCCGGCUACGGCGCCCGCUUCGGGGGGUACCCUGAGAGCCGCAGCCCCGUGCCCUUUCCUCGCGAGCCCUGGAAGGUGUGCGUCAACGUGCACAGCUUCAAACCUGAGGAGCUGACGGUCAAAACCAAGGAUGGCUACGUCGAGGUGUCAGGCAAACACGAGGAGCAGCAGGUGGAAGGAGGGAUCGUCUCCAAGAACUUCACCAAGAAAAUCCAGCUGCCCUACGAGGUGGACCCCAUCACGGUCUUCGCCUCCUUGUCACCGGAGGGGCUGCUGAUCAUCGAGGCGCCCCAGAUCCCCCCCUACCAGCAGUAUGGCGAGGGCGGCUGCAGCAGCGAGAUCCCCGUCGAGAGCCAAGAGGCCACCUGUGCCUGACCGGCCACCCGCAUCCCUCCCGCACCCCGGCGUCCCUCCUCUCCUCUCCCCUCUCCCCCCGGACCCCCGCUCCCCGGGCCCCUGC